UGUUGGGGAGUGUAGAGCUCAUGGUCAUCUGGGGUCUGUGCAUAUGUCCCUGGGGAAUUACACGCAUGCUGUGAAGUGUUACCAGGAACAACUGGAAAGAGCACAGGAGUUACAGGAUUCCACCAUGGAGGCACAAGCAUUUGGUAAUUUGGGUAUAGCCAGACUCAAUAUGGGUCAUUAUGAAGAUGCUAUAGGGUACCUGGAACAACAGCUAGGUACCCUGGAGCAGAUAACCUCUGAAAUAGUCAUUCUAGACCGUGCCAGGGCUUUUGGUAGUUUAGGGGAUUGUUAUGAUGCAUUAGGAGACCCUGAAGAUGCAAUCAAAUGCCAUGAGCAGUACCUGAAUGUUGCUUCCAAGAUGAAAAGCCCCAAAGACCAGGAAAGGGCUUAUAGAUGCCUAGGGCAAUCACAGAAGUGUCUGGGUAACCUACAACAGGCUCUGGUAUGUCUGGAGAAACGUUUGGUGGUAUCCCAUGAACUGGGCCUACCUGAAGCAAAAGCAGCAGCUUAUGGUGAGCUGGGACAACUACACUCCGCUCUGGGUAACCUGGAACAAGCUAUUUCCUGUCUUGAACACCAGCAGACCAUUGCUGUGGAGUUGAAUGAUAAGGUCACGGAAGCUGAUAGUCUAUCCAUGUUGGGUUGUGUAUACCAUCAAAUGGGUGACUAUAGCACCAGUCUGAAAUACCAUGAGAAAGAUUUUGACAUUGCUGAGGAACUGAACCUACCUUCAAACCAAUCCAGGGCGUGUUCCAACCUAGGUAUGGUUUAUGAAUCCCUGGGAAACCUUGACAGGGCUAUCUACUACCAAGAACAACAUCUUGCUGUAGCAACCAAUAAUAAUGACCAAUUGGGUAGGACCCUGGCGUUUAGUAGUCUUGGUAGGGUUCAUCAACUCCUGGGUAACAAAACACAGAGCAUAGCAUACCUCAAAGAGGGUCUUCAGAUUGCUGAGGCCCUGAACAGACACGAGGAGGAAUGUAAAAUACGAAAUAGACUGGGUAUAGCAUUAUGGUCUCAUGGUGACCUUGAAGGUGCACAGAAACAACUGGAAGAUGCUUGUAUCCUUCUGGAAACCAUCAAAAGGGACGCCAGGAAUAGUCACGCCAGCAAGAUGAUGAUCCAGGAGUUACAGAGUACCAGUUAUCAGGUACUCCAGAGGGUUUUAACAGAACUGAACAAAACAGAAGAAGCUUUGGUGGUUGCCGAACGUUACAGACAAAAAACCACCCUGGAAAACUCCUCAGACCUGAAGAAGAAGAAACGUGAUGAAGAUCUGCACCCUACCAAUGUCCAACAGAUCCUGGACAUAGUAAACCGGCAACGUGCAAUGGUCCUUUACUUCUCUAUCGCUUCCGGGUACCUCUACGCAUGGUUAAUUGCCCCUACUAAGGGUAUCCUGAAAUUCCACGCCACACCUCUUCAGGAAGACAUACCAGGUCCUUCGGAGUUAGUUGAUGAUGUCUGA